AUGGGUGUCCCCAACUUAGAGAUGACUCUACCCAAGACCGAGGAUGAUGUUAUUCCCGAAUCCAUGCGUUACGAAUACGACCCCUGGCUCCUCGAUGAUCACCCACUCCGCUCGCAUCCUACCGUCUGUAUCCCGGGCCUAGGCACCUUCAUCGCCGAAUGGUACGCCUCAGUAGAGCGCCGCUGGAAGGACGGUCUCUUUCGAGUGGUGUGCAUUCUACUCGCUUGCUUUGCGGCAUUUAAGUGUUUACAAGCACUCCCCUCGGUCGGAGGCAAGGGCACAACCCAUCCAACCUCCCUCGCCCAUCACAGCACACGCGACUGGCACUUCACCUGCACAUUCCCCAGCUCUGAUCCCCGUGCCACCGCCCUUGCGCAAUCUGCUGUCGCCGGGUGCGAUGGUUUCCGCACCGACAUUUGGCUGCACGGCAACGAGCUGCAGAUGGGCCCAUCCGACGCCGGCCCAAAGGCUAUCAAUGACAUGCAGAACCGUCUCGAUUCGCUUGUUACCAAGUUGGGUCCUCGAGAUCUUUCCAUCCUCGCCGACAUUCAGGUGCCCAUGAACAUUGAAACUGAAACUGAAAGCGAGCCCAACUCUCCCAAUGACGUGGAGGAAGAGGAGACUGCUCACUCCUUCUGGCUCGUUCUGGACCCAAAAUCAUCGCUUCACGAACUUUACCCAUAUCUGGUUUCUCAUCUAGACUUGCUCCGUCAGCGUGGCCUUUUGACUCACUGGAAUGGGGCGCGUGUAGUGCAGCGUCCGUUCACGAUUGUCGUCGCCAGCGAAUCUCUUCCCUGGUCGAGCUGUGCUCAGCAUCCUUACACCGAUGUUUUUUGGGCGUCCAGUGAAGACACCUCCUCAUGGAAUGAUGCAUCGCAUGGCCAUCUCAUCCCAAUCUGUGCCAUUUAG